GGGUUUUGAAGAUGACGCAGCCUUGGAAAUGGUAUGAAGGAUACUCCGUGCAACUUUUGCCAGGAACUGGGGUCACCAAGAGCUCAGUGGUUCACUGCUGCUAAGAGUGCGCUUGCUAGCCGGACGUCAGCUAGAAGAGACGUCUCUAUGGUCAAGUAAACAUAGAGCGGUCCCUCUUCCCCACGUGGUGGGAGUACGCAUGAGCGGGAGCGGCAGCAUUGGAAAGAUGGCGGAGGAAGAACAAAGAAAAAAGAUCCCGUUGGUUCCAGAAAAUCUCCUGAAAAAGCGGAAGGCUUAUCAGGCCCUCAAGGCCACCCAGGCAAAGCAGGCGCUUUUGGAAAAGAAGGAGCAGAGGAAGGGAAAGGAGCUCAAGUUUAAGCGAUUGGAAUGGUUCCUACACGAUGCCUGGCGGCAACAACGUGAUAAAGUGCGCCUCAGACGACUAGAAGUGAAGCCUCAUGGUCUGGAAAUGCCAGAUGAACAUUCCUUGGCCUUCGUUGUACGCAUCCAAAGGAUUAAUGGAGUGAGUUUAAUGGUGAAGAAGACCAUUGCAAAGCUUCGCCUGAAGAAGAUUUUCAGUGGUGUUUUUGUCAAAGUGACCCCCCACACUAUAAAAAUGCUGCGUGUAGUGGAACCUUAUGUGACCUGGGGAUUUCCAAAUCUGAAGUCUGUCCGGGAACUCAUCUUGAAACGUGGACAAGCCAAGGUCAAGAAUAAAAUUAUCCCUUUGACAGACAACACAGUGAUUGAAGAGCACCUGGGGAAAUUUGGUGUCAUUUGCUUGGAAGACCUAAUUCAUGAAAUUGCCUUCCCGGGCAAGAAUUUUCAGGCGAUCUCAGGGUUCUUGUGCCCUUUCCAUCUCUCAGUGGCCCGUCAUGCUACCAAGAAUAGAGUGGGCUUCCUUAAGGAGAUGGGCUUACCUGGCUAUCGAGGUGAACGCAUCAAUCAGCUCAUACGGCAGCUGAACUAAACCCAGGAUAUCUAAAAGCACAAUGCAUUGGAAGCAUGUGUUUUCGUUUUUUGGAAUUAUUAUCCAGUAUCUUCAAAGAAGAUUAUUUUCUGCUAUAGCCUCAGAAACUGGAGGGGGAAGUCAGGGAAAAUAUAGUGAUGUUCCUUGCAGGCCCUUCUCAUCAAAGCCCAAUUUCAAAGGAAAAGUCCCAGUGUUUUCCACGUUGGCUGCUGCUGCCACCUCUGAAAUCGACAAAGGACUCAUGCCACAGAGAAAGGGUCCUGCUUCAUCACAUCUGUCCAGGGGUUUAGUGUUGAUGAAUGGAUACCCAAACAUGAAUGCAAGAUGGCAGUGGGCUAGGACUACGGGCAUACUUGAACCUGGGUGUUUCCAAGGCCUUGUUUUGUAAAGAACUUUAAAUACAGUUAGAAGAGCACAAAAACUGCUCAGUUGUCUCUGCUGUGAAUCCAUGUUCUAACUUUUCAGUGACAUGCGUUUUGCAAGCUCUCAGGCUUGGCUGGCUCUAAGUAUAUCCAGUGGCUUCUUUAUCUCAUCCUGCAGUGGGCUUCAUCCUUUUCCGGAUUUUAACCUAUUCUUGGAUCUGUGAGAAGGGAAGAACCCUUACCCCAGGAAAACAUGCAUAAACUCAAAGUUUUGCUUGGAAAUUUAGACUGUUUGUAGACUAUUCUCAGGGACCAUGCACCUUAUGUGAGGAAGUCCUGUACUGUCCAAAUUGGUUACCCAGGCCUUGACCUUGCUAAUCUGCUUCCAUGUCCUAUGGAAAACCAGAGCUUUCUAAAAUAGCUUUUUCUGUUCAAACCAGAGUGUUUCCUAUUAAGAACAUAGUGCUAGAGUUUGAGCCCCUGUGCCAUCUUUAACUCGGAAAUACUCACCAUUUAUUUCUGCUGGGCUUCAGGAUGGAAUUUUCUAGUUUCCCUGGUGAUCAGUCUUCUACGUAAAAAACCCAAAUCAGGGAAGACUAAACCCUUUUCUUGGUUUAGCAUGGAUGGAAUUAACACUAUUUGGCCUUUUAGGCCUUAGACAAGCUUAGUUGGAGCCUUUCCUUGUAUAUUCUAGGCUCUGGGCUCCUGCCAAAGUAUCGCUCUCUACCCUGAUGGUAACGAUGUAGUACAGCCGUCCCCAGCCUUUUUUGGUUGGGGACCGGUGCUCCUAUGAGAAUCUAAUGCCUAAUCUGAGGUGGAGCUGAGGGUGUGAUGCCAGCACUGGGGAGCAGCUGCAAAUACAGAUGAAGCUUCGCUUGCUCGCCUCCUGCUGUGCGGCCCAGUUCCUAAUAGGCCAGGGACUGUUACCCGACCAUGGCCUUGGGAUUGGGGACCCCUGAUGUAGUAGACCAACACUAGGGCUCUUGGGGACGUUAAUUGUGAAAAGGCCGUGGUCCUGCUUGUGUUCAUCUGUCCGCCCGAGUCUGCACCAUUCAUAUCACUCAGUUGCCUUAACCUGCUAUCUAAGCAGUUGGUGAGGGUAUGCCAGGCCCACGUGAAGACUUGGAAAUGUUUAGCCAUUGUGUCCUUCGGUCCCUUAAGAUCAGCUUUGCUGCCCUAUUGGCUCAUGGGGCCCUCAGACAUACCUGUGAGAUUGUUAGUAUAACAAUGUCUUAGAAUGUGCCAGGUUGUGAGGUAAUUAAUUGAGUUGAUUGGCUCAAGAGUUAACUUGCCAGGAAUAGGUGUUACUUAAUACUGUAAAGCAUUGUGAAAUCGGAUUAAAGUGAUAUAUCAAAAGUCA